CGGGAGGAGGAGCCGCCCCGGGGGCAGAAGAAAACCGCUAAUGAGCCCAGCAUCCUGCUGAACUGCCUUUCAGCACUGCAAGGAGUCGCAUUCAUCUUCGGCCAUCUGAAACACUUGACUGCUCUCAAAAGGGUCUGUGACUUCCUGCUCCAUCAGCAGAGGAGUAAAUGAAGAGCUGAGAUCUGUCAGGUUGCUGCCAGUGUUGGAUGGCCUAAUGGCUUUUCACUGUUUGCUCAAGCUGUGUAAUGAUGCAUUCUGAAGAAAAAGGAAAAAUUUUGAUCCAGGAGUGAAUAUGUAUUCUUAAAUCAAUUAUAGGUUUUUAGAAGGAACACCUUCGUAGAUGCAGACAUGUGGCAAUCAGGGUACACAGGCACAAAUCCAUAUGGAGGAUGAAUCUCCUCAAGGAGUCAGUGUCAAGGCUUUGGAGGCAACGUUAUUGUCUGUUCUGAAGAUGCUGGAUGUUGGGAAAUGGCCAAUUUUUUCUCUCUGUUCCCAAGAGGAGCUCAAAUUAAUUCGUCAAGCCUGUGUAUUUGGCAGUGCUGGUAAUGAAGUCUUGUAUGCAACUGAAAAUGAUGAGGUUUAUGUGCUUGGCACAAACUGCAGUGGGUGUCUGGGAACAGGUGACCUCCAGAGCACUAUGGAACCACGGAGAUUAGAUACUUUAUGUGGCAAAAAGAUAGCCUGCCUGAGCUAUGGAAGUGGCCCUCAUGUUGUUCUUGCUACAGAAGAAGGAGAAGUGUAUACAUGGGGACAUAAUGCCUAUAGUCAGUUGGGCAAUGGCACAACAAAUCAUGGUUUGAUUCCCUGUCAAGUSUCGACUAACUUGGUGACCAAGAAGGUCAUUGAAGUUGCCUGUGGCUCUCAUCAUUCUAUGGUGUUAACAUCUGAUGGAGAGGUGUAUACGUGGGGUUAUAAUAACUCGGGCCAGGUUGGAUCUGGUUCAACAGUUAAUCAACCCAUUCCUCGAAGAGUUACUGGCUGUCUGCAAAAUAAAGUAAUAGUUAAUAUAGCCUGUGGGCAGAUGUGCUCUAUGGCUGUUGUAGAAAAUGGAGAGGUUUAUGUGUGGGGUUACAACGGGAACGGGCAGCUGGGCCUGGGCAGCAGCGGCAACCAGCCGACCCCGUGCAGAAUAGCAGCUUUGCAGGGCGUUCGGGUGCAGCGGGUUGCCUGUGGCUAUGCACAUACGUUAGUGCUAACAGAUGAAGGUCAGAUUUAUGCCUGGGGAGCCAACUCAUAUGGCCAGUUAGGUACUGGGAAUAAAAGUAACCAGUCUUACCCUACAACAAUAAUUGUGGAUAAGGACAGGGUGGUGGAGAUCGCCGCGUGCCACUCCACGCACACGUCGGCCGCCAAGACGCAGAGCGGCCAGGUGUUCAUGUGGGGCCAGUGCCGCGGGCAGGCCGUGAUCCUGCCCCACCUCACGCACUUCGCCUGCACCGACGACGUGUUCGCCUGCUUCGCCACCCCCGCCGUCAUGUGGCGCCUGCUCUCCGUAGAGCCUGAUGACCAUCUGACAGUAGCCCAGUCGCUGAAGAAGGAAUUUGACAACCCUGAAACUGCAGACCUCAAGUUUCUAGUGGACGGAAAAUACAUUCAUGUUCACAAAGUUCUUCUCAAAAUUAGGUGUGAACAUUUUCGCUCCAUACUGAAUAGCGAUGAUGAAAUUAUAGAAAUGAAUGAAUUUUCUUAUCCUGUUUACCGAGCCUUCCUGGAAUACCUGUACACAGACAACAUUAGACUUUCCCCUGAAGAUGCAAUAGGGCUGCUAGAUUUGGCCACACUGUACAGAGAGAACAGAUUGAAAAAGCUUUGCCAGCAAACCAUCAAGCAAGGUAUYUGUGAGGAGAAUGCCAUUGCUCUUCUUUCAGCCGCUGUCAAAUAUGAGGCUCAGGACUUGGAGGAGUUUUGCUUCAGGUUCUGCAUAAACCACCUCACGGUUGUCACGCAGACGCCCGGCUUCGCAGAGAUGGACCACGACCUCCUCAAGAACUUCAUUAGCAAAGCGAGCCGCGUGGGCGCCUUCCGCAACUGAKGGCCCGCCGCCGCGGAGCGGGAGCGCCCGGACCCUCACGGGAAUUCCGGGAACGCGGCUCCUUGGCGGGCCGUGUCYGCGGGCAGAACGGCCAAGUUGGAGAGGGAGAGGUCAGUGCCCAUUGUCUUCGGAAACGGGGAAGGCCGCGAGGGAAGGGUUUUGUGAGGAGGGCUGCAGCACGGAUCAGGUUGUCUUUGCUUUGGCCAACGGUCAGAAUUUAACAACAAAAAUCUAAACCCGUAACUAGCAUUUUCCACUUGAAACCAAGGAAACUAAGUUCUCUUCGUCUUGCCUCCCGGAUUGUUUUAGACCAGCUGCAUCUGUAUUUAUGAGGCAGUGACCUGUUUGCUGCUAAAGCUUCCGUAGCCUCUGUCCAUCUCCAAACUAAGUUAAUGUAAUACAGUAGCCUUCUCUGUGCCUAGUUUAUCAUCCAGCGAAGGCAUAAACUUGUUUUUCUGCAUAAAUGAUAAAGUAAUAUAAAUUGUUUAGGAAGAGGAGUUUUCUAAUGGAUAGGAAGGUGUAUCUUGCUAGGUGUUUAUUUAUUUGGAGUGUAAAUGCUYCCUUAACCACCAAGRAGUUGAUUGGAUAUUCCAUUCAUUGCUCAGGACAGGGUUAAAAUUCUGCCUUUCAGUCACGCUAGGGCUGUUCCUUGACACCCUACGUGGCGCAGUAAAUGUUCAUAGUAUUUGUCCAGACAUAGAUUAUGUUGCUGUGUGUUUAUGUACCCAGAAAACUGUCUCGUUGCUUGUUACCAAGAAAAGGAAAUACGAACAAAUACGAAGGAAAGGGAAAUUCCACUUGAGGUCUGUGUGUUUGUUCCCCUAUUACCGUCCCCAGGCGCAAGCAAACGGGGGAAGACAGUGACGGGGCUGUGUGACUAAAUCAGGGGCUGAAUUCACACAUCUUGUGAGUUGGGUCUUCUAGCAGGGACAACUGCCCAGUAACUCCGAGAAGUUACCUCUAAAAGACCAGGUGAAGCAGCUUUAAACUCCCUCCUGCAGUAUUUUGUGACUGGAAAAGGCAAAAAUGUGGAUGGCUGUGCUCAGGAAACUGAUAUAUUUAGCGAUGCGGCCCUCGGUCACGGUUGUGGUCYGCCACCGAAUCCUUCGAGGACUUGGUGCAGUUGCUCCUCACAAAGCUGCUCGGAAGGACUUGAUUCCCAUAAAUAAUCUCACAGUUCUUAAUUCCCAUAAAUAUUCUCACACUCCUUUCUAAAGUGGAAGUAACUGUUCAUUGCUGUAUCCGAAGACCAUUUCCCAGGCCCUCCUGUUCCUUUGCAAGGAAGAGGAGCAUUAAGUCCUGGGAGAGGAAGAGGAGGAAGUGUCACCGUGUCCAUCCCUGCUGCUUUUGAGGGGAAGCUCGGCGGUGGGGCACAGGCAGUUGAUCUGAGCUUGGGAAAAGGGCCCAAAGUGAAUUAGGAUCRGGGUUGGAGCCAGAGCGGAGCGCGCCGCGCCUCUGCUCUCCUGGUUUGAGCCGGCCCGUGUAACCCCGGGCGGGAAUCCCCCCUGCCUCGCUAAUCCAGGCACCGCGGGGCAGAGUCCCGGCCCCUUCCACCCACGGAGGCUCCUGGCUCGGCGCGGUCCCCUCCCAGCGCGUUUAUGGCCCCACAAGCCAGGACCUGUGGCCGGGCACAGCCCAGCCCCAAGGCGCAGCCGGCCGGGUCGCGCCCCACGGCAAGGAGUGAUUUGGAGUGACAGCUCCUUGACGGAACAUCCCGUGAAACGGUGAUUCUCGCUGCUGUUAACUYGGCCUGUCGCCCUGCCAGCCUGCCUCCCGUUCCUAGCGGCCACGAGGCCCCUGCGGAAACGAGAGCCCUCAAAACGGUGCGUGUCCCCAGGGAGACCGUUUCGGCCUAGUAACACCAAGGCUGCCAUUUCUUCCCAAUUUAUUUCCUUCCUGCUCAUUACUKCCCACCUACUGUGCAAUUUACAGCCCCGUUUGGGUACUAUCAAAACCUCUAAUUUUCCAAAAAAAAAAAAUMAUCUGGAGACCAAAGCUCUGUCAUCAGUGCCACCUGCUCAGGCACAGAUAGGGGUUAUGUGACAGGGAUGUGAUAGUACUGCAUUCAUAGAGACAUUAGGUCCGUUUUUUUAGCUGUUAUUUGCACGCACUUUCCUUGGCAUUUAAAGGUCAAACUUAAAAAAAAAUACAAUCAUGGUCAAAGCGUAGGAGGUCCCAUUUGGAGACGUGGGCAUAAACACGCGCGAAACCCGGUGCUUCCAGGAAGCACGGGAGCUGUCAGAAGGAAUUAGGGAUGCGUUUUAGCAGUGCGAGCUGGUGUGCAACAAAGCGGUGGUUCUGGAGCUGGGAUCYUAAAUACCCGAGAGGUCCUUUUUUGAAUAAUUUUAGGACAAUUAGAACACCAGAAAACGCAAACACUGUCAAGCAUAAAAUGGGUCUGCGGGAUCCAGAGACAGAAGGAUCUUCCAUUUUAAACAAGGAGAAAAAAAAAAMCCCAUAACUUACUAAUUUAAAAAGAAUGGGAUUUGAAAGGGGAAAAAAAAAAGCACUUAAAUGAUCCUACUUAAGUGAUCCAUGUUAAGAUCCAGCACCGCUUUGUCAGCUAGUGCCAACCCUUGGAGAUUUUCAUUGUGUAAACUGCUGUUCCAUAURUAAGUUUUUAUAUGACCCAAGCCCUUUCAAUGGGCUUUCCUUGUAAAACACAGCACUUAGUUGCUUCAUAGAGGCAGGCGUCUUUAGCUGCCACCUGAUGAUGUCUCAUGUUUACA